AUGCCGGGCUGGGACGCGCCUAUUGGAAUUUCCAGAAGUUCGAACCACGGCGUUUGCGACAAGGGCCCCGAACCGACCAUUGAAUUUCCCGAAUCCACGGCGCAAACCCACGAUCGACCACCCCUCCCCCUUCCCCAAGGGUCUGAACCAACCUCACGAACCCUCGAGUACCGAAUCCAACGAAAGAUAGAACCUCAGAAUUUGGUCACAAUGGCGAUCCCCCAAAAGUCCUCCUACUACGAUCGCAACCUCCGUCAAGGACCCGCCCUGAUCAGAGCGCGCAAGCCCUACCUCGCAAAGAACCUCGCCGUCGGUGCCGGACUGUGGUGCUUCGUCGGCGCAGUGUAUUGGUACACGAUCAAGGCGGUCGGUCAAGACGAGUUUGAAGAUGUCAAGGUUCCUGACGCCCCGAGGCAGCCAGCAAAGUCCAACUAG